AUGGGAGCGGCUGAUCAGGAGAAGCAACCGUGUCCCUUCAAUGUCAGACCGUGUCAGGGGGAAGAAGGAGUUGCUGUCAAGUCUUCCUGCAGCGAGGCAGUCAAGAAGAGGACACAUCGCAGAAAAAGCAGAAAGAAACGAGUUUCUGAGCCGCCAGCUGCAGUCAGCCAACCACCAAUCUACUCAUUCUACCUCAUUGGACUGAAGAUUAAAAAUGACUCCAGGAUCUGCGUCCUGCGGUACGAUCCCCGACGGCAGCAAACAGAACAGUUCGCCGACUGCGAGAGGCGUGGAGCCCCCACCUUCACUGUC